AUGUUUUUGGAUUUUAUAAAAGCUUAUCCAAAAUUGCAAACUCUGAUAUAUAUUUUAGGAUUGUUUGGUUUACUAAAAUGUACAAAAAUAAUAUGUUUUUUGUGGAGAUUAUUAAGGCCAAGUAUAAACUUGAGUAAAUAUGGUAAUGGAUCUUGGGUAUUAAUAACAGGAGCAUCAGAUGGAAUAGGAAAAUAAUUAGCCUUAAAAUUUUCAUAGAAAGGAUUUAAAAUAAUCUUAGUAGCAAGAACACGUUCUAAAUUAGAAAGUGUAGCAUAAUAAUUAUAAACAGAAUCACAUAUAAUUGUGGCAGAUUUUAGUUAAUCUAUAGAUAAUAAAUUAUUUGAUAGAAUAAUGUAAGAAGUAGGAGAUAGAGAUAUAAGUAUAUUAAUAAAUAAUGUUGGUGUUGAUGCUUUUAAUCGAUUUCAUUUAAUAUCAGAUGAAGAAAUAUAUAAGACAAUAAUAGUGAAUUGUUUGCCUGUAACAAUGCUUUGUAAAAGAUUGAUUCCAUAAAUGUUAAGAAGAAAGGGAAAUAAAUCUGCAAUAGUAAAUGUAACAUCUUUGGCAGGUCAGAUUCCUACUCCUUUUUUUAAUGUUUAUAGUGCAAGUAAAUCAUAUGGUGAAUUUUUGACAUAAACUUUGAGUGUUGAAUAUCCAGAAUUAGAAAUCUUUGCAUUAAGACCAUCUGAGGUUUCUACAAAUAUGACAUUUAAUCGUAAACCUGAUUUAAUGACAAUUACUUCUUCAGAUUGUGCAGAUGGAUUAUUAAAAAGAAUGGGUUAUAAUACAAAUGGUCAUUGGAAUCAUGAGAUCUAAGCAGAAUUGUAUAAAUUAGUACCUUCUUGGUUAUAUAAUUGGGUAUUGAUUAAGGUAUAUAUAUGAAUAAUACAUAUAGUUUAUUGCUCCAUAAUGGUUAAAAGAGAGAACAUCAAUAUCAACAGAAAAGAAAAACAAUUGAUUAUUUUGAGUUUUAAAAAGAUAUACAUCCUCC